AAAGGCGAAGAAGAAGAAGAAGAAGAAGAAGAAGAAGAAGAAGAAGCCAGUGACGUCAUUCCAGGGGCGCCAAAUCCGUCCGUGAAGCAGCGCACCAGGAGCUGUGAACAGCGCUGUCGCCUCCACUUUGGUCAUGGACCUCAGCCCCUUUGACACAGACAACUCGGUCAGCUGCCGACUGGCCUCUCAGAUCCCUGAUGUCUGCCGGACUGAGGACUGCUGUUUGGGCAUCGACGAGGCCGGCCGGGGGCCCGUGCUGGGGCCGAUGGUGUAUGGAAUAUGUUUCUGUCCGGUUUCCAAAAAGCAGGAGCUGAAGGAAUCCAAAGUGGCAGAUUCAAAGACUCUGACCGAGGCAGAAAGAGAGAAUCUUUUCCGAGCACUGGAUGAAGCCCGGAGUUAUAUCGGCUGGGCUCUGCAGAUUCUCUCCCCGAACACCAUCUCCACCAGCAUGUUGCAGAGGACAAAAUACAACCUGAACGCCCUCUCGCAUGACACCGCUAUUGGUCUGGUCCAGUAUGCCUUGGACAGUGGAGUUCAGCUCAAAGAGGUCUUCGUGGACACGGUCGGACCGGCAGAGAAGUACGAGGAGAAACUCUCGAAGCUUUUCCCAGGUAUCGAGGUGACGGUGAGGCCAAAGGCCGACUCCCUCUUCCCCGUCGUCAGUGCCGCCAGUAUAUGUGCGAAGGUGGCCCGGGAUCGCAUUGUGAAGGGCUGGAAGUUCGCCGAGGACCUGGAAGACGUGGAUGCAGACUACGGCUCCGGAUACCCCAGUGACCCCAAGACUAAAGCGUGGUUGCUGAAGUACCUGGACCCAGUGUUCGGUUACCCUCAGUUUGUUCGAUUUAGCUGGAGCACUGCCCAAACCCUGAUGGACAGCAAGGGUGUGACAGUCCACUGGGACGACGAGGACGAGGACGGGGAGAAGGCUGCCCAGCGGCAGAACAACAAGUCCAUGUUGGCCUACUUCAGUGCAUCAGCUGGAGGUAACGAGCAAAACCCGACCCGCCAGACGCACCGCUUCUUCAGCGAGCGCAGGCUGAAGAGCCUCGACACACUCUGAAGACGACACUCUGAAGACAUGCGCGCACACUGACUGGAAAUCAUAAGCUCUUUGUGAGAUUACGACACCGACGUGGACUUUGAUGAAACAUUACGGACGUUUUGUGUUUGUAUCGCCACUGCAGACGUAAAUGAAGAUCUUUAUUUUUUCCUGUUUGUAAAAGUUUUUUUUAUUUUCAUUUUUAUAAAACUCACGUUUCUCCCUUCGUAAGAGCGCUUGCUUUAAAAGUUCUACACAAUACAAGAAACAAAAAGGCAUUGUUGUGGAAUAGGUCGCAAUCCUCAGCGCUAAUACUGCCCUCUUGUGGCGAUACGACAAACUACACCAGGGUUUUAAAAGACUGGAACGCGAUGCUGCAUGUUGUGUCGUCUGACAUGAACAAAUGCAAACGUAUCAUCAAAAGAAACAUGACAAACUGCAGAAUGAAAACCACUCUACACAGCUUGUUCCAUCUACACUGAUAUCACAGUCUGGCAGUACUGCAUAAAGACUUAUAAUGUAUGUGUUAUGUACCACAUAUCUGGGGAUUGUAUGGUUCCUGAGUUUUGGUGCACAAAACAGGGGAAUCCAAACAUUCAUUACUUAUCAUUUAACAAAAGGAAAAAGUUGUUUGGCAUUGCAAUUUUUUAAUUACGAAGUUUAAUUUUUAAUUAAGAAGUGGCUAAAGACAUCUCGGUCGACUAAUCUGUAUAAUGACCCAACAAGGCGCUGCAUCGAUUGAUCUUGACAUGUCUCCUGUUGGUGUUGUUGUUGUGGAUCUGUCGCACGUCCUCUGAGAUCUUCAUUCCCUUCUGACUCUCCCGGCUAACUCUUUCACAUGUUGCUACGCGGGAACACAAAACCAUGUCGUCAGAACAGAGACUUUCCUCGUUAAAACCGAUGAAGGCGUGUCCAUCCGGCCGCCGUCGCUAAUUCCCGUUGGGUUUGUGUCGAGACUCUAGGAUCUUCUUCCCGCAGUUCAUUGCCAGAGUGGAGAUGGCAAACGAGGACAGGAUCAUGAUCGAGCUCUUCACGAAACGAGACGACGCUCCUCUGGAGGUCGUCCUCAGGACUCUUCUGUGGAAAGUCUCUCUGUCGAACGGUGCGAUGGCAGUCGCCGUCUGGGCCGCGGGCUCCAUGGCUAUAGCGGUUUCUCCGGCGGCUGAAGACGGCUAGUUUUCUGGUCUGCUUCUGUCUGGAUCUUUCCUUCCUGACACGUGGAAGCGCUUGAGCUGUCGUGUUCUGGCCGAUUCCUUCCCUGAGUCCUUCCCGCCUGCAUUUAUAAACUCUCGGCCCCCACCGCUAAUCCCUCUCAGUAGCCUGGUCUGAUGCUACGUCAACGGGAUUACAAUGGUUGGCCCGGGCCGGCAGAGGAUCAAGUCGGCAAUCUAUUUCUGUCUGUUAGAUCACCCCUGCUGUUCUUUCAUGGUUGAUGAAUGGAGUUGUUUAUGGGAUGGAAGCUCGUCAAGGGUCAAAGACUCUGGUGUGUGAACAUAUAAUUAGAAAAGGGGCAUGAACGGUGAAACGAUAAGCGCAAAGUACCCAGUCAGUCACGGUGGUCAUUUCCACAACCGAAAAGAAGCUCUUCACGCCUCGUAUAAGAUCAGUGUCAUCUUGAACUUUGGUUUGCGUCUCAAAAUAACUUAACUAACUAAGAUAAAAUAUCUCCCAAAGCAAACGGCUUCGUUAACCAAUAGGAAAAAAAGCAUAAUAACCAAGGUACACAGGAGUUGAUGCAGAUUAGAGCCUGCUAAUAUUUGGCAGCUAGUUAGCGUUUCCGUGGAUUAUGGACUGUAAUUGAUACCAGUCGAGUCACUGUAGACGGUUGCCCACGACGACUGUGCUGAAGAUCAGUCAAAGGUCCUGAGAACAUCUGAUUAGGAAACGGUACAGGACAGUUAUACAAUAAAACUCAAAAUACAAGUUAGCCUAUCAUUGUUUCCUUAUUUAAGGCCUCCAGUCAGGCACAUAGCUUGUCAUUAAGGUCUUUUAGUUUAAAAGUGUAUAUUAUGCAUCUACAUAAAUUGGGUCUGUGAAAUGGUUAUCUAAGAAUUAUAACAUUGUGCUUGAUCAUUAAACGUUGCAUAUAUAAA